AUGGGCGCGAUAUUCCAAAAUUACAGCUCCUCCCCCUGGAUUACUGACGACUUUGUCAUCUUACCGUUCUGGCCACAAGAUUCAGCUGAUACUGGUUCACGUUGGGACUAUAAGGUUCAGGAUUCAGGAACUUGGGAGGCAAACACGACUGUUUUCCACGCCGAUUUAGUUUGCGCCAAACUGGACAUGAAGAAGAAGGACAUGUAUCUCCGGCAUGCACCCGAAGGAUGGGAAGAAGAGCCAGAAAAAAAGUUCUAUCAAGCAUCUGUUCUCCUAGAGUCCAAUGAGGGUUGCCAGUUCAACCUCACUGUCGACGUGGAGUAUCACGCCCUUACUACGGAUUGGAUUUCCUGGAGCGACAUCAACAACAUCACAUCGGAAGACUACCCCAUGUCAGAUGCUAUCGUUCAAUCGAAUGAACACUGCCACGAGAAUGAGAUUGUUAUGAUGAGUACGCCGUGGUGGCCCAGGCAGGAUAUCACGCCGACCGAACAAUUCCUACAAAACAUGACGAUGCUUGCAUAUGCAUGUCACACAAGCCAUAGCAUGGCCACCAUCCCAGCUCGUGCCACAGCCUCAUCAGGCACAUUGUCCGUCGAGUUCGAUGAGGAUCUUUUCCACCAAAUUGCCACGCCAGUUCCCCCGACCGUCCUUGACUUACUCGAACUACGCAAGGCUUAUACGGACAUUAGAUGGAGCGAUUUCGUCCCCCACGAGACCAAGACGUCUGACAUCGAGAUCAACUUAUAUGAUGUUCCCUUUACGGGCCCAGCUGCGAUCUUGGGUGAACCAUACAACUUCAGUAUCCCACGAAUGAUGGCUGAUCCUCAAUUGCCUGUGGUCGCUGCUCAAUUCAGACGUCGCUUCUUCGCAGAAAUUGUUGGUGGUUCUCUGCAACGCACGGAAGUUUUAGAAGAACGUUCUACGGCUGGUCAUCAACUUGGAUCUGUCCGGACAGUGCUAGUCAGCGGGCAAGCCGCCUGCAUUAUGCAUCCUGUGGGAGACGCGGACGACUAA